CAAACCAAACAGAUCCCAACACCACCAGGAGAGAGAAAUAAAAGAGAGGAGAGAUACCAAUUCUUUUCAUCUCAUUAACCCUUCUUCCACACACAAACUAUGCAGCUCUAACUCCUCUCUCUCUUCUCUUUAUUUCUCCCCAGUAUCACCACAACCCCAACUCCAUCCUCCUCCUCUCUACCUUUCUUUCCUUUUUUUUGUUUUCCCCCAAUUUUUAACAGUAGGAUCAAUGGAAAACCACAACCAAAAUCCUCAGGAAAGAGAGCAGCUGUCAUCCCACCCCACCUCCCCAAAUUCUACCGCCAGCAGCAGCAGCACCAGCACCAGCAGCAAAGGAGUAGCGGCCGCAGGUGGAGCGACAAUUGCGGCAGUACAGGUUGCAUCGCCUCCAAAUCUACAGCCUCCAACGCCGAAAUCCAUUCCGAGAUCCAUCGAAUCCAACCCCUACCCCACCACCUUUAUCCAGGCCGACACCUCCUCUUUCAAGCAGGUCGUACAGAUGCUCACCGGCUCCGCCGAGACCGCCGCCAAGCACGCCGCCGCUAACCCCCCGCCACCCAAGAACCCGAUCCCGCCCGCCGCCAAGGCCACCGGCCCCAAGAAACCGGUCUUCAAGCUCUACGAACGCCGCAGCAGCCUCAAGAAUCUCAAAAUGAUCAGCCCGCUCAUCCCCACCUUCCUCAGUUCCGCCCCCGCUUCCCCGGCCGGCGGCGCCUUCUCCCCCAGGAAGCAGCCGGAGAUCCUCUCGCCGAGCAUGCUGGAUCUUCACUCGGCCCUGGUCCUCAGCCCGGUCACGCCGCUGAUCCCGGAUCCCUUCAACCGGUCGCCGCAGACGGACUCGUCGCUGUCGCCGGCGAUGUCGGCCGAGGAGCGGGCGAUCGCUGAGAAGGGGUUCUACUUGCACCCGUCGCCGAGGAACACGCCGAGGGACGCCGAGCCACCCCGGCUGCUGCCGCUCUUCCCUGUGACGUCGCCGCGAAUCUCCUCCGCCUCAGCUUCCUCUGCUUGAGAUUGCUGCAUCCUUAUCGAAAAUAUUAUGACUACUUCGUCCAAUUCGGAUUUUAUCUCUUCUUCUUCUUCUUCUUUUCCUCGGAGAGAGAUGGCGCUGGCUACGGGAGGCCUCUGCUUCCAUUGUAUCCAAUUUGAGUUACCUUUCUUCCUCUCUCUGAUUCGCUCCUCCGGUAUUCUCUCUGUGAUACAUACAGACCAACCCGCCAAUAUGAAAUGAAUGGUAUCCGGAAGGGCAAAGGUGGUGUUUUUUUCCCCUUUUCUCCUCUCCCUCUAUCUCUUGUAUCUUUCAAUCUGGUUAUAAGAUUUUGUUUACCUAUGGACUCGAUGAGAAAAUUUACUUUCU